UCGGACGCGACCGCGGAUUAUCCUCUCGGAUUAGGAGGAUUAAUAUGUGCUACAUGUGUGCUGAUCCUUCCUGAGCAGAGCAGUUCAGUGGACGCUGGAUUGCAGAUCAUCGGAGUGGAAAGAUCGUCUAGUGUCUGUGCUUUUGAUGGUGCGCUACAGUAAACUGGAUCCAGCCGCGUGUUAAUUGGUGCGAACGUGAAAGGAAUUGGUUCAGUUGGAAAGGUUACACGAACAUUUUAUUCCAGCAGUCGAUAUCCAUGUGACUUCAACCGAACCGGCUUUGAAAUUCAAAAAAAAGUAGCGCGACGCGGAAAGGAUUCUCCCGAUUGGGAACGUGCAGUAGUUUGACUUCAAAAGCAUGUGGGUGGGAAAAAUAACGCUCGCGCGCGCCAGCAGAGACGUGAUGUGUACAUGAUGGAGUUUUGAUGAAGUGCUAGUGUGUGUUUUUUCACUCCUUCGUCUGAGCUGUAAAUUUGAUUUUUUACAUACACACGAAUUUUUAGCAAGAGUGGAAGAAAUCUGUUCUGCGCUGUGCAAGCUGAAAAAUUAUGCAAAAAAUGAAAGUGUGCUGUUACAACCGUGCUGUGGUGAAAGCGUUCUAGUUCAAAGGACGGAGGAUAUUUUCAUUAGUGGCCAGCAAGGAUGAUGUAAUUUCGUGGGGAGUCGAAGGAACUUCACUGUGAUUCGCAAUUCACGUUGGAUUGUUUCCUAAUUUUGGAUUUGGUCGCACAAGCUCAAGUUAAUUGUCAAGCCUGAUCUAAAAUAUUUUUGGGGCACCUUCAACGCUGAUCUAAACAAGAACAACAACUUCCGACAACAUGGACAGCCAGUAUUAGUGACCGAAUUAGUAGCAGUAGCGCAGAACAUCGACGUGAGUGAAUGAAUGGCGGCCACUUUUUCGAAACCGACAACAACAACGGCAGCAGAAACAGAUCAUCAACGAUACAGGUGGCGCUGCUGGUGUGGUCAUCACGGGUGCUGACCAUCGUGGCAUGUUCCGGACCAUUAUGCCACCAUUCCGGCUGCGGGGCGCAUCCUGUAGAUCAGCCAAUGGUGACGGCAGCAGCGAAAGCGACAGAGCGACAAUCUCUGACACGAUAGCAACAAAAGCAGCAACAUCAACAGCGGUAGUCAAUUUAAUCAAAUUAACUCGGUUGACCCCGGUGAUACGUGGUUUAUGAAGGUUGAUCCGGUCCAGUUUUAGUUACACUCGGUUGAAAUAACACAAAAAAAAUAGACCCCGUGCCCGUAGUGGCGAACAGUUCAAAGGUGAAGUGGCGAAUGAGGUUGGAAGCGAAAUUGAAUUUCGACUAAAUUUGCGAGGAAAUUAAUAAAAGUAGUGCAUUUAAUAGUUGUGCCAGGAAAAAAUGGCACUGAAAAGUUACAUGACGGCGGUGGCGCUGCUGAAUGUGCUGCAAAUUCCAGGAAUUCACGCCGUGAGUUGGGAAGAAUGGUGGACCUACGAUGGAAUAUCCGGACCUGCCUUCUGGGGCCUUAUCAACCCGGAAUGGUCGCUGUGCAACAAGGGUCGCCGUCAAUCACCGGUAAAUUUGGAACCGCAACGAUUGCUGUUUGACCCAAAUCUGAGAUCUGUGCACAUCGACAAGCACAGAAUUAGUGGCACGAUAGCCAACACUGGUCACAGUGUGAUCUAUACCGUCAACAACGAGACGGCAGGUUCGAAUGGAGCACCGCAGAUUCCAGUAAAUCUAACCGGGGGUCCUCUAUCUUACCGAUAUCGAUUCCACGAGAUUCACAUCCACUACGGUCUACACGACCAGUUCGGGUCUGAGCACAGUGUGGAAGGCUAUACAUUCCCAGCGGAGAUCCAAAUCUUCGGCUACAAUUCGCAACUGUAUUCAAACUUCAGCGAUGCACUCUACCGAGCGCAAGGAAUCGUCGGCCUAGCGAUCCUUCUACAGUUAGGUGAUCUGUCCAACCCCGAGCUUCGAAUGCUAACCGAUCAGCUGGAUAAGAUCCGGUUCGGGGGAGAUGAGGCCUUGGUAAGAAGAUUGUCCGUUAGGGAUCUACUGCCAGAUACGGAACACUACAUGACCUACGAGGGAUCGACAACGGCUCCCGCCUGCCACGAGACAGUGACGUGGAUUGUCAUGAAUAAACCAAUCUACAUCACGAAACAGCAGAUUCACGCUCUGAGGCGACUGAUGCAGGGUGGCCCGGACCAUCCAAAGGCUCCACUGGGGAAUAACUUCCGGCCUCCGCAACCCCUGCUGCAUCGUCCCGUGCGGACGAACAUUGACUUUCGAAACAAACAGGAAAAGGGGGGUAAAAUAUGUCCAACUAUGUACAAGGACGUUCACUAUAAAGCUAAUAGUUGGAAACACAACUAGACGUCGGCAGCAGUCCGAGGAGGAAGAUUCGUCCUUCGACGAGGACAGUUUGGUCACCUACGCCUGAAUGUGAAUGAGUGAGGUGCCGGCAGCGCAAAAACUUAUCCAGCAUGCUUCCAGUGUACAGAAACAAACAAACAAAAAAAUAUCACAAACAAUUAUAGUGAAUGAGUAGAUAAAACCAGAAAGUAAACCAAAUUUUAAGACGAGCCAGAGUUUCAAUGGCAUUAAACUGGGUGGGUUGUAGCUAUUUAAGCACUAGACAAGCAAGAAUGAUUGUUUUAGUUAGGGCGUGUAUAAUUUUUUAUUUUGCAAAUUGGCCCGCUUGUAUUGAAUCGAAUAAGUUUGCGGAAAUUAAAAUGCAACACAGCUGAGUCAGCGCUUGCCAGUAAUGCGAAAAGAGCUGAUGAUCGAGCAUGAACCGAGGAGUGAUUCGUGAGCCUGGCAGAGGCGAAGGAAGAACACUAAGAGACUAGGAGGAGAGAAACUCUAUUAAAAGUUUGAAAUAAUUUGUAAAUAAUAUUAAUGUAACAAAAAAGCAAACAUCCAAGCGCAGCAGAUGCUGUGAGCUGAAGGGAUACCGAAAAGGUUGCAGCCCAGAACCGAGGAGAAUCUGCCGCUACUUUGUAGGAACGGGUGGGUGGAUGCAAGCUCGAAGCAAAGUGUAGCAAAUAAAUUCUGCGCUGAGAAGACUGUAGUAUAAAAAGCGCCACGAAGGUGAUAGUGAUGCUGAGGAAGGACUGAGAAGUUAUAUGAGCAACAAAAAAUAUUCUGCUCGCUCGGUGGGUGGGUUACUUGGCUGGCACGAAGCGAUCAACGGGUGGGUGGAGGUGGUCUUUUUUGUCUACCGUCUAGCCUUUGCACUGACUGCUGCCGGGAGGGGGUCAGCUACUGAAUUAACAUCAUGGCAGUUUGAUGAAGAACAAAUUGUGGGAAAAUGUUCCGGUGGCUCUAGUGAUGGUGGUGGUGGUGGUUUGUGAGGAUUUCAACUGAACCGGCAAACUGUAGGCAGGUUGUUUUUCUGUGUUGGGACCGCUGGGUGACUGAUGAGUUUACAGGGUGAUAUGAAGUUUUUUGAUUGCUUUAGUUGGGGUUGAAUAAUAAAAAUAAAUGUCGUACGCGUUUAUUACGAAAUAGAGUAUUAUUUUUCAUACUAAUUAAUGUGAAAUUAUACAAUCGAUGUUGAAUAGACGCUAUUGCGAAUAGAGUCUUAGCAGAUACACAUUUUAGGAUUCAUUUCCACCGGCAUUAUCAUUCAAUUGGGUUCAACUGAACAAAAAAGACCGCUGCAAAAUACAUUUUGUCCCUACUUUACUAUAUUAUGACAAUUAGUUUGUUUACUGAGAUAGCAUGGACCAGAUGCAUCCGUCGGGUACAAUUUCGCAGAUUCUAGACAUCCAAAGUGUUCUAAAUCAGUUAGCCAUAGCAAUGGAUUUUUAAGUUUGCGGGUAUCCGGAUACCAUGUCGGCCUGCUUUUUUGUUGGACACACAACGGUUAAUUUGUGGGCCAUCGUCGCCUCCUGUAGCGAGAAGUCUCCUACCAGAUAGGAGGUUUGUGCAGGUCUAACAAGCAGCCGCUUUGCGUACGGAUCUGAACAAUCCAGUCAUGCGACGAAAAAACGUGCCAUUGGAAAUUUGGAACUGUAAGUCGCUUCCAGCGGAUCGACCGGAUUCUGCACGACGAGCUCGCAACUAGCAAUUUUGAGGUCGUAGCAUUGCAAGAACUUUGCUUGGCGGAACAGAAGGUGUGGAAAAACGGGCAUCCAAUAGCUACAUUCUCCCAGAUCGGCCAGAGCCGUAGCAAUCCUGUUUUAACUGUCCUGUUUUGAAUAAACUUAACGUAUAUUUAAAGCAAGGGACUGGAAGAAAAAGUAUUUUUAAUAUUUAGAGCCACAGUACUCAAGACGAUACUGACUCCAGCGGUAGAACACAAAGGGUACGUAGUCAGUAAACUCUAAGUUUGCUCAUAUGACCCUUUCCACGCUGUUCUAAACUUUCUUUCUUCAUCGUCUCGCUCGUUACAAGGUAAAAACAAAAAAUUGAUUCACUAUUAGUCGUUAAGAAAAAGGAAAAAGAGAAACGUUGCCAGAAGACCCACCCCUUGUUUGUUAGCUACUACGUGAUUUGGUCUUUAAUGUGGAUGAAGCGGUUGCGCAAUGUCGCGACACGGAUCCAAUGUCGCGCCCUAGGAUACCGAAACGGCAGUAUUCUUUUAAGUUGACCUGUGAACCUCAGGUGACGAAUGCUCUCAAUUCACCUGGAAGUUGUGCAGAACCUGCAAGUAUUCUGUGCUGCAGUGGCAACCGUAAGAUGUUUACGAUACCGACUUACACCUACAGGCGACCCGUCUCAACAUUACAGGGAAAAGCUAAUACCUCCAAGGUAGCGGAUAUUGGAGAGUCGGAUCUCGAACAACUCUGCUGCUAUCAUUGCACCUACUGAGCUUCGCAUGCUGGGAGCUCGCAGGCUGACGAAAGAACACGACGCACUAAUGCAGAAACGGAGUGUCUUAUCAAAAUGGCUAAGGCGUUAUUCUUAUAUGACCAAAUCCGCCACAAGAAGCCCAAUUUCAGCGAAGGUCUACCGGAUAUCAGCGAUGUUUGGGAGGUCCCCGUAUAUUGUAUUUGGGAGGUCCCCGUACAAUAUCGCGAAGGAUUAGGCGCGAGGAGAAAUGUGCAGGCGAAGAAAUCGAUGAGAUGUCAGCUGUCUCCGUCGAAACCAAUGAUGUACGCGAGGGUACGCUGCAUCUUAGAAAUAGGGCGUUACGUGGACCCCGUUUAUCGGCGGAUUUCAUUACCCGUGGCACUACAAUUGUCAUCCCCAAGGACAUACCAAUUACCUGUCUAACAAGUCUGCACAAGAUCAUGAACACCUUCAUCACUACAUACGUAAGGGCCCACAAUGAGAAGAAUAGCAUCCUGACAGAGGAGCAGAAGGGAUGCAAGAAAAACACACAAGAUUGAAAAGAUCAAGCCAUCCUCGAUGCAGUCAAUGUGGGAGAAGUAGUGUGUAACCACCGGAACCUGGCCUAUAUCGAUAACAAGAAGACAUACAACUCCAUACCGCACUCGUUCCUCAUCAAGAUGUAUUAUGUUGAUCCUGUAGUCUUGGGUUCUCAGUAGGACACCUCAAUGACUAUCACCGCAUGACUAUCAGAUAAGGUAUAGAGAAAGCUCACCAGAAGAGACGUCCCAUACUUUCUACGUGGACGAUAUCAAGAUCUAUGCUGACUCGACAGAACGACUGAGUGUAGUCAUCAAACUAGCCGAAAGAAUUAGUGGCGACAUCGGCAGGGCUUUUGGCCUAAAGAAAUGCCGACAUGUUCAUAUCAGUAAAUCGGAUUCCUGCAGCUCCCCGGGAUUCGCCACACCGACAUCAAGCUUAAGCUCCGAAAUAACGUUCUUGAACCAAGUGAACUGUAUCUUGAAGUCUUUCCUGAACACGGGGAAUAAAGUCAGAGAAAUCAAUACGUUAGCUGUCCCCGUGUUAACCUACAGUUUCGGAGUCAUCAAAUAGAGUUGGUCAGUUCAGCUGGAAAAUCUGGAGAGAAAAUUGAGGAAGGCGUUUAGAACCAGCGAGAAUGCGCCAUCCUCAGUCGGCGCUGGAAAGGUUCACAUUGCCCCGGAUGAAGGAGGACAAAAAUAGUCGACGUCCAGGAAAUAUGUGUACCGCAGGUGCUACGGCUGCGGGUGCGGGCUGCAACUAUAGCGCAAGCGAACUACAAUCUUUAUGUUCCGUUAAUGAAGGUUCCGUUAGCACAUUGCGGAGAGAUGCGAAGAAGUCCAUCAUCGACAUCAAGGCUUGCGGCGCCACAAUGUCGCGAAAACGGGAGCCACGCAGGACACGGCGUCCAGCUUACUGGCGAAAGAAAAAGGGUGAGCUCGCAGGAGCAUCAAAGCUACUGAAAUCAAAGAAAGGCUCGGAUGGAAUACCAAACGUGGUGCUGAAAGCUGCGAUCCUAGCAUAUCCGGACAUGUUCAGGAUAGUGCUGCUGAAGUGUCUAGAUGAAGGCAACUUUCCCCGAAAUGUGGAAGGUACAGAAGCUGGUGUUGCUGCUAAAACUAGAAGAGCCACUGAGCAAUCCGGCCUCGUAUACGCCUAAAUGUUUGCUGGAUACACUGGUAAAACUCUUUUAAAGAAUUAUCCGUAACAGGAUGCACACGAUGCAGUUCGGAUUCCGCAAAGUAGUAUCGACAGUGUAUGCUAUUCUGAAGUACUCGAGAGUGCUGAAAAGGAAUCUAAACAGAAGCGAAAAGGAAAUUGGGCACGUGAUUGCAUCGUAGCUUACAUUGACGCAAGUGGGAGUAAUAAUCGACUACGCCUGCGAAAAGUCGGCGAAGGCAACGAACGCAAUAGCGAGGAAUCAUGCCAAACUAUGGCCGGCCGGGAAGCAACACGAGACGUCUGCUAUCUAGGGGUUCGUCAUCGAUACUGCGAUAUGAGAUUCUUGCCUGGGGUGCGGCGCUGAAAACUAAGCGGAACAGCGAAAAGUUGAAUUAGACGUUCCGGCUGAUAGCUGUACAAGUCGCGAGUGCGUACUGAACAAUAUCGUCGGAAGCAGUAUGCGUUAUCGCCGGGAUGAUUUCCAUUUGCAUCACCCUGGCGGAGGAUAUCGAGAGAUCUGAGAAACACCAAAAACGUGAGGAAGAUGGCGAGAAUCGAUUCGAUGGUGACGUGGAAGCAGGAAUGGGAUAAUGCGGAGAAGGGAAGGUGGACCUACCAGCUCACCUCAAAUCUGUCGACAUGGGUCAAUAGAAUGAACGAAGGGGUGAACUCCCACCAGACACAUCUCCUGUUGGAGUGUCAGAACGUCGAGAAGACACCGGAGCAUGUGAUCUUUAAAUGUCCGAGGUUCGAAGCGACGCUCAGGGAGAUAGUUGAAACGAAACGAUCGGAUAUCAACCCGUAUUAUGUCGUCUACAUAAUGAUGAGCAACGUAAACACGUGGAACGCGGUCAACAGAGUGGUGGUGACGCAGAUCAUGACCGCCUUACACUGGAAAUGGCCUGAUGAACAACAAGCAACUACCGCCAGGAAACUUACUGCCGAAGUAGGCUAGAUCCACCGCCGGGGACUAGUCGAGUACACAGCGACAGAGCACCAGGUUUGGGUCGCCGGGGCGCCAACGACCCGGAUGCGACACUCUACCCGGAAUCACCGGACCGACUACAGCACCCUACCGGUUUGCCCAAGAGAAAUAUAACGAAAAUCAAUGAAGAAUCGGUGUCCGGCAAACUUCUUUCUCCGGGGAACUCUCGGUCGGCGUAAACAUCAUCGGGGACUAGACUGAGCAGACUGCGACGAGACACCGCCAAUCGCAGGUCGUCGGGGCAUUAGCGAACCGAAGGCUUUGUUCCAUCGGAAUGCCACGCUGUGAUCCAAGAAGAUUACUAUUACUAUUAAGUUGUUGGAUUGGUGUGUGCGCUGUGCGCAUUAAUAAGCUCUCCAGUGGGUGAUUUAGAAAAUUUAAGUGAAAGAAACUUUUCCAGGGGAUUGUAUGGUGAGCAGCACCAUUUGCAAAAAGUAUGAAGGCUGGAUUGCUGCAAGUACCGAGCAAUCAGGAUUUUAAAACGGCGCAAAACUUAUUCCGGAGACGUGAAAUACCUAGUUAUGCUCCAGUGAAAGAUAUGAGGAGACGCCAUCUUAAGCCAGUGAAACUGGCAGAUUAUAGAGCCAGCCGAGCUAAUCGAUCUUUUUUGGGAGCACUUCUAGUUUUUAGCAAUGGUACUGAAGGCUGCCAUUUUGUCUGCAUUUCUCUUCGCACAUCUUUCCCUGGAUGAUAACUAUAAAUUCCAGUUGUCUAGUUUGUAUCACAAAAUUAAUCCGGCCGAUAAACUAUUUUCGAUUUGUUUUCCUUCCCCUAUGUCAACAUUAUGACAGGUGAAAGAAAACAAAUCGUCAAUCACACUAAUACAAUUACAGAUUCGAAAGUAUCCCCGUGAAAAGUUCUUUUGAGUGCAAAAGACUCAGAUGAUUUUAGAGAAAAUGGAAAAGACGAACCUUGAAAACUCCUUGUGACCCGUACCUCUGCAAUAUAGGUAAUUUAGGAAUGUUCUUGACCAGGAUAGGUGUUUUCUUUUUCUUUUUUUGUGAAUUUUAUCUUUCGUCUCUCACAGCCAUACUUUCUGCCCCACAUAUCUUAAAUGGACUUGCUGCAUGUGACGUUACCUUUGUUCUUAUCCGCACGUACCGUCCCAGAUGUUGACAGAUUGGCAUUCGUGUUGAAAUCCAAGAUGACGACGGUUUAGUGAAAUUCUCUAUAAUCCAACAACAUGGAGAUUUUCAGAAUGCUUUUCACGAGUGAAUGUCCAUCGUAGAAUCUCCCAAAAGUUGCUCACUGUUCGAUCGUCACAAAAGGCUCUCCACCAGUAGCUCACCGUUAAAUUGCCUCACAUUCAGCAGAUUCACAGUUUCAGCAUUCACUAGGCCUGAUCACUGAUAUUGUGAUACACCAUAGGAUGCUGUAUUGCUGGAUAUAAUUAUAAUCGCUCUCCUUGUUCUCCUCUCAUCAAUAUGGAUUGAGUCAAGGGUACAAAUUGGCGCGAUCCACCAAAACACGCGGUUUGGAUAACCAAUUUAACUUAGGAAUUAAUUCUGCUUUCUUUAAUUUUUUCUGGACGAACGAAGACCGAAAUUCGCGGGACAAGAUAAAAUCUUGCACGGACGGAGCGGAGUAAAAAAACGUGCAACCUCGUGGAUAGAAUUCAUUCAACUGGUUUAUUACUUAUAUAAUUCAAUCACUCACACUAGUCCAAAAUCACAGUGCCGAUUGUUAGAGGUGGCUAGGCGAAAUCAGGGCUAACACGCUCGUCGCCCGGCGUGAGUUUUUUUUUUUUACAAUGGAGAAGACCUUUAUGUCCUAGCCCAGUACACGUGCUAACGGUAGGGUCCAAUCUACCACACGGGGUGCACUGGGGGCGUGUCGGACUCAAAUGGUGACCAGCCAUUAAUACCGACUAAACUCCAUUGGGCUCUGCCAUCAUUCCUCCCAGGAACUACCUCUCGGUAUUACUUCUGGGGGGAUGGCUGUACUGAAUGUACUCAUUCACUCUCACUCGCGCGAUCAUACAUCCUGUAUGAGGCUUACUUGGGUGCUCUCUCAAUCACACUUUGAUUCACUCUCAAACACUCCCACAUGAGGCUGACUUUUGUGCUCACCUUUUACGUUCCAUGCGAGGCUGACUUGUGUGCUCACCUUACUCAUUCCUUGCUAGGCUUACUUUUGUGCUCGCCCUACCCAUCCAUGUGAGGCUUACUUGGGUGCUCACCCUAUCACCUGAUUCACUCUCAAUCGUGCCACUCUAUUGUACCUUUGUCACUCCCUCUGGCAUCCCAUGUGGGACAUUUUUCUUAGGCCCCACUUCUGACAUACCAUGCGAGGCUGACUUUUGUGCUCACCUUUUUCAUUCCUUGCUAGGCUGACUUUUGUGCUAGCCUCUACCAACCUGUGAGGCUGACUUUUAUGCUCACCCUUAACAUGCAGUGUGAGACUGACUUGGAUGCUCACCCUUUCACUCCUCGGCCACGCCAUGAGGCAUCGAUAGCUUAGUUCCAACAUACUACGCUACGACCCUCCCGUCUUGGCAUGAGGCAGUCCACUUAUACGCCUAUACACUCACUCUUCUGUCUUGCUUCGGGGUGGCUGGGUUUACCCCUUACGCGGUUGCCAUUCGCUGCGCCAACCUACCUCGGCAUGAACAGACCAUUCACUCUCUUAUUUUGCGCUUGGCCUUUUUCGCUCCAACUAACCAAUCACUAGUUAGCCGUGCCCGCCGUCUGUUGCUCGGUUCGCCAGAUUACCUGUAGCCUACUGGCAAUCUGGAUGGUAGCAGCCGAGACUGCGUUCCACUUCUCCACCGUUUGACACAUCCGCUGA